GCCUGUGCGACUCAGUGGUGUCUAACUAAGUCGAAGAAACUGCUGCUUUGCGAAGGAAUAACAGCUCGUUCCGGUUUCUUUCAUAUACGAUCUGUUCUCUGAAAGAUUUCACAGUCUUGACCCAACAGUGACACAACUAUGCAAGCAAUGUUUUUGUACUCUCAACAGCAGUUAUGUUUUUGGAUUUUCUUCGUACUACCACAUAGUCUCACAGGGUUCCAACCUGUUAAAGUUGGUCACCCUAUCCUCGAAGUAAAAUGGAGCUACGACAAAAAUAACACGGUGGAACAUGUUGGAGUAGGUCAGACGUUCAUCCCGCUUACGUCAGAGCUGCACAUGGAAUGGGAUCACUCCUUCCACAAUGACCCCCUAAGACCUAAUCAACGUAAAACUUAUCCUUCAAAAAAUAUGAAAAAAAUCGAUUUUAAUCUGCCUAAAUCCAACGAGCCAACAAACCAAAAUUUCCUGCAUCCCCGUCUAUCGAACUUCAACGUGCGGCCACAAGUUUCGUGUAACGUGGUCAUCCAAAACCUGUUGUUUUACUUGCACAGCCCAUUGUAUCCACAGCAUUACCCUGAAAAUAUCCACUGCUUGUAUGUCUUCAAGAAGGCAUUCAAUGUUUGCUCAUUAGAAUUUGAAAUUCGUGAUUUUUACUUGGAGCCAACGGUGGAUUGCUCCAAGGAUUGGCUUCGUAUCGGUGAUCGAAGAUAUUGCGGUUUUCACCGUCCUCGCAAAUUGUUCGUCGCCGCAAACAAGCUCCAGGGCCAAGAUGUUACAAUCGAGUUUCGCUCAGACUCCGUUUAUCAAUUUCGUGGAUUUUACAUUAUUGGACGACAAAUUCCUUGUCAACUGAACUCAUUCUAUAAUCCUAGUUUCUUGAAAACGUCUGAGCAGCGCCCAUUUCGACCUCACGUAUCCUUCACGGUGCCUUUUCCGGUUUCUUACCCUGCGCGGCCAACUACCACCGCUUCAUCUUUAGUUUUUAAACAUCCUGGAGUCAACUCCGCUCCUUCUUUAAUAUCACCACAACAUAAAAUUCCUCCAAAGUACCCUACACCCAGGCCUUAUCCUCCAUAUUUCCCACCAACUUAUACAUCUGAAUCACCUAUAACCCACCCGACACCAACGCAAACAUUUCCUCCAUUGACCACACCUUCUUUCACGUAUUGCGACGUGAGAUUCAACACCCCUGAAGGCGAGUUUCAAUCGAUGAACUACCCACAAAACUAUGGACCUAACCUUUCUUGUGAGAUCAGAUUCUUCCCCGCGAACGAAAGCUUCUGCGUACUUGAAUUAUAUUUUCAGGAUUUCCUGUUAGAGCAGAGCAAAGGAUGUUGGAAAGACGCUCUAAUCAUUGGUGGCAACCGAUACUGUAGUUCUUCUUUGAUCGAUCAAAGACUAAGGAUUUCUUUUGUUUCGCGAUCGUCCAUCAGUCUGCAGUUUGUUACCGAUGCGACGGGAACUAACAGGGGUUUUAAAUUCCGUUUUCGAAUGCUACCCUGCGAAGGUUUUUCGACCACUCUGUCACCGAACACAACACCACCCGGGGUCACUUGUGAUCGUGUGUUCAGCGAUCGAGAGAACACCAUCACAAGCGUCAACUAUCCGUUGCCUUACUUGAAGAAUCUCGAUUGCAUCUACACGAUUGAAAAAUGGUCACCGAUUGUUGAUGAAUUGGAAAUUGAUUUCGCGGCCUUUGAUUUGCAAAACGGGACAAACUGCAUCUACGAUUAUCUGGAAAUCGAAGGAAGAAGAUACUGUGGUGUUCAGACAGGUUUACGAUUUCGAGUGCCAUUUUCAAAUGAUAACCCAUUUGAGAUUCUCUUCCAUUCUGAUGGAGCCGUUCAACAGACAGGCUUUAACAUAAGCAUAAUACAACUGGAUCGACAGGCGACUUCUGCACCUCUUCCCACUACACCCCCACCAGUUUCUUUCUGCCGUACUGAAACGUUUAGUGAAUCCAGCUUCCUCAUAAUUUCUCCGCAAUUCCCUCGGCGUUAUGACCCUGGCCAGGACUGCAGUUACAGUAUCAUCCGAAGAUCAAAGGACGUCUGUGAAUUGCAGCUGAAGUUCGUUUUCUUCGACUUACCUGAAACUGUUUAUACCGAUUGUCGAGGGGACUAUUUGGAAAUAAACAACAUUCGGUACUGUGGAGUUCUAUCUGGCCAAACGAGAAAUGUUCCUUUCGAUAGCUUUCAUGUUGACAUCCGAUUUCAUUCCGAUUUGAUCGACAACGAUGCUGAAGGGUUUUCAAUUCACGUUGUACAGCUUACUGACUGCACUGUGACUUCGCUGGAAACAACUCCGCUUCCGUCCAGAAUUGAAGAAUCGCGUUGUGAAAUAUCAUUCUUACCUGACCAAGGGAGCAAUUCAACUGAUGUGCAAGCAAGAAAUAAUUCUGGAUGCACUUACACGUCAUAAAUGAGAAACGAGGCAAGAAUUCCACAAAUUUAUAGUUUUUCCGACAUCCAAAUAUACCGAAAAAUUUAUUUGCCAAUCAGCAGUAGCUGGUUAUUGUCAAACGGACUGUAGUAUAUUCGUAUCAUAUUUCCUUACCCUUACUUCCCGAAGUUUAAAAAAAUUACACAAGAAAGUAGCUAAAAAUGUUAAAAGGGAUGUAGACAUUGACAAAAUAAAUUACAACAAAUUAUUUUUUACGAAGUGAAUGUGUGAAGUGUGAAACGGAAAACAUAAUAAAAUUUCAGUGUUUACAA